UAUUUUCAUCUUCCUAAUUAAAGAGAAAAUAAGCUCUCAGCAGAAGCCAUGUCGUGGAUCAGAGAAGGUGAGCUGACCAUCAUAGAGAGGUUUUGCGCCAACAUUAUUAAGGCAGGUCCCAUGCCCAAGCACGUUGCCUUCAUCAUGGAUGGCAAUCGCCGCUAUGCCCAGAAGUGCCACGUGGAGAGACAGCAGGGGCAUUCGCAAGGCUUCGAGAAGCUGGCACAGACGCUGCGUUGGUGUUUAAAUCUGGGUAUCCAGGAGGUCACUGUUUAUGCAUUUAGUAUUGAGAACUUUAAACGCUCCAAGGAGGAAGUGGAUGGGCUAAUGGAUCUGGCGAGGCAGAAAUUUAGCCGCCUACUGGAAGAACAGGAGAACUUGAAGAAGCAUGGUGUGUGUAUCCGUGUCCUUGGGGACCUGCCACUUCUGCCAUUGGAUAUUCAGGAACUGAUUGCCCAAGCUGUGCUGGCAACCAGGAACUACAACAAAUGCUUUCUAAAUGUCUGCUUUGCAUAUACAUCGAGACAUGAAAUCAGCAAUGCUGUGAGGGAGAUGGCCUGGGGGGUAGAACAAGGACUGCUCGAACCCAGUGACGUGUCAGAGUCCUUGCUUGAUAAGUGUCUGUACACCAACAACUCCCCAGACCCAGAUCUCCUCAUACGAACCUCAGGAGAAGUCCGGUUGAGCGACUUUCUACUCUGGCAGACAUCCCAUUCGUGCCUGGUAUUUCAGUCAGUGCUGUGGCCAGAAUAUUCCUUUUGGAACCUGUGUGAGGCUAUCCUGCGCUUCCAGAUGAACUACAGCACUUUACAGAAGGCCAGAGACUCCUACAUGGAGGAAAGGAGGCGACAACAGAUGGAAAGGGAUCAGGCUUAUGUGACAGAGAAGCUGCAGCAGGAGGGGUUGGCAUCUCAUGGAGACUCUUCUCGGCGUCGACGGACACUGGUGCACGGAUGCGCUGCGAAAAUCCAGAGCUUUCUGCAGGCGCUAGAGCACAAGAGAGCGGACUUCUUUGAAAGAUUGUGCCCUGUGUCUGCGUGACACAGGUGCCAGGUAGUUCUUGGGAAGACAGUUUCAAACUGUGAGGAAUAACAGCUGCUGCCCAGAGGAAUUCCCUUGGUGUGGAACUCCAGUUGGGAUGCAGGGUGGCUACAGCACUUUACAUCCCCAGUGGCACUA